GCCCUUUACCCUUGUGUGUCUUGCACACCUGUCCCUUAUCGUGUCCCCCCCACUAAAGUGUACCCACGUGGGAGCCGCGUGUCUGUGUCUUCUCCUUUCGUGCGUGUUUUGUCUGUCCUGUGUUUGUCUACACACACACCCGCUUUAAAAGAAUAAUAUUUUGGUGCCAUGCGUAACCGACUCGGGGACUUCUUCGUGCCAGAUUCUCCACCCGAGGCCUGGGCUCCGGGCUUCUGGCGCCUCCCAGAGUCCGGGGCCUCACAGCCGGACACAAAGUCAGAACCGAGACCAACUGCUCACCACGGCCAUCUCCGACCGACACCAACUAAUUCGUGAGUUUACCCCACUGCCUCCUCUUUCCCGUUAUGCCUAGAGAAUGUCCGGCCGGCUUUCUCUGGCGCGUCCUGGGUUGAGUUGCUCACCCCUCCUUUUUUCCUUCUCCCAGCCUUGUACCCUUGGCUAAAUUUGGUUCUGCCUGCCACUGGGAAUUUGGUAUUCCCAGCUUUUCUCCCUGGGAAUUUGGUAUUCCCAGCUUUCUUCCUUCUUUCUUCCUUCCUGCCUUUUCUGCUUCACGUGUGGGCUUGCUAACGGAGCAAGCACCUUUGGCUGUACGGUCAGCCCCAAAGGGCGUAACUGUCUCCUCCCAGCCGGGUCUGUUUCCCGGCGGUAGCUGGACUCGGCCGGUUUCGCCCAUAGCACGGCCUUCCGAUUACACGGACGCCUGUAACCGGAACUGCUGUGCGCGUGGCACCUCUGUGUGCCUCCGGUGGUCAGCUCCACAAUUUUCCAUGGGUGCUAGGCCAUCCAAGACUAUACCCCCUACUUCCCCUCUUGGUCAGCUCCUGGAAUCUCUAAAGCCUCAUGCUUUGAUCCCCUCCAUCAAACUGACCAAGCUCACGCGUCUCUGCUCCAAGACUUGGCCCCAUUAUAAAUUACAGGGUGAUCUCUGCUGGCCUUCUCAGGGCUCAUUUGACCCCGAUGUCUUACGUGAGUUAGCCAGUUUUUGUCAUUGCUCAGCCAAAUGGAAGGAAAUGACGUAUAUCAUGGCAUUCUUUUACAUGGCCCUAAAGACUGAUCCAUCUAUGGCUUCUCAGUGUUCACCUGCCCACACGUUCCUGGCAAUGUCUUCCCCGCAGGGUCCGUCUUCCCGGCAGGCACCCUCCACUCUGGCAAUGGCCAUGGACCUGGCGGACGAGCCUCCGCCCCCCCCCCCCCCCCCCCCCCCCCCCCCCCCCCCCCCCCCCCCCCCCCCCCCCCCGGCCUCAUGGGACCGCCCCUUUCCGCCCUUCCCGGCCGGGUGACACCUCACCUGUCUCUCUUCCUUUAACAGAUUCUAGACAUUGAAAGGACUCACCUAAAUCUUUCCCCCAUGAUGCCUCUAACCGUUCCACCCGCAGAUCUCCCUCUCGUUCUCGCCGCGCAAACAUUUCCCCAGAUCCAAGUCUCUUUUCCCAAGGAGCUCUGGUUGGUUUCCCGCCGAAGCUCUGGUUCCCUGUCCAGUUCCUCCUAUCCACCUUCACCUCAUUUCUCCCGCAACCGCAACCGGACGCACAAACAGCUAACAGUGUCUUUCUGUCACAGGCAGCAGGAAACAUCUUCGGACUCCUCUGUGUCCCCUUCCCCCCCUACCCUGCCCCCUCGGUCUUUCAAAAUGCCCUCAGGUGCUAAACCCGCCCGCCAUCUGGCCCCAACCUUCACCCCGCCCCUUAUGCUCUCUCGGGCCACAGCGGGGACAGACCCUGGUCAAAUUAAGCCAGCUAUAGUUCUAACCUUGCGGGAAGUAGCCGGCGCUGAGGGUCUUAUAAAAGUCCACAUGCCGUUCGCCUUAUCAGAGCUCUCUCAUGUCUCAAAGUUGCUCGGGUCAUACACUGCUGACCCCACCAAUUUCAUAAAAGAAUUUCAAUAUUUGACCCAAUCCUAUAAUCUGACAUAUCAAGAUGUAUAUGUAAUUUUAUUUAAUAACCUACUUCCCGAGGAGCGCAGACGAGUCUGGGAACAGGCGAGACAGUACGCCGAUGAAGUACACCAAACCCUGGCCUCCCACCCUCCGGGGGCAGAGGCAGUUGAUCAAGAACCCCAUUGGGAUUAUAAUUCCCCCAGUGGCAUUCUGGCCAGAGACCAAUUGUUAACCUGCCUCACAGUGGGACUUCACAAAGCUGCUCUUAAACCAGUAAACUAUUCAAAACUCGCAGAGAUUUUUCAGGAUACUAAGGAAAAUCCUUCUGCAUUUCUUGACCGACUAACCAAAGCUAUGUUACAGUUCACAAACAUGGAUCCAGAAUCCACUGAGGGCAGACAGCUCCUGAUGUCCCACUUCAUCAACCAGUCCUACUCAGACAUCAGGGGAAAACUUAGGCGUUUGGAGAAGGGCUCCCUAACUCCACAGGCACAGCUCCUGGAGAUGGCUUUCAAAAUUUACCAUGCAAGAAACGACAAAGCCAAGAAUCACUGCCACGUGAUUACUGCACCCGCCCGGCCAGCCGAGGUGACGGACUUCACCGCCUGUCCUGUUCGCGCUGCUCCCCCGCCCCCCGGACCCUGUUUCAAAUGUGCAGAGAAGGAGGGCUAUGCUCUGGGAGUCCUAGGUCAUCAACUGGGACCCUCCUUUGCACCUGUAGCUUAUCUGUCAAAGAAGAUGGACCUCACCACUCAGGGCUGGGCACCCUGCAUACGUGCUUUGGCAGCUGCUAAACUUCUUAUUCGUGAGUCAAAAAAAACUAACCUUCGGAGCAUCCACUACGGUUUUCUCUCAUCAUAA